CAGCAAUACAUUUCCAUUCCUAUCCCAAGUCCUGUUCAGUGAGGGUCUGACUGUGUUCUGAGAACUAAAGACUUUUCUGUUUAAAGAAACCAUAAAAACAUAUUUUUGUGUUUAAAGUUUCAAUAAGAGUUUAAGCUAAACUACACACAAAAUGGGAGUUAUUAAAAAUCCAGAGAUUAAAUAUACCCAGUUAUUCAUAAACAAUGAAUUCGUGAAUUCUGUGAGUGGAAAGACAUUUGAGACCAUCAGCCCGGCCACUGGCAAAGUGAUCACAAAAGUACAGGAGGGGGACAAAGCAGACAUCGAUAAGGCUGUGGCCGCCGCCCGGAAUGCCUUCAAAAGGAAUUCUGUGUGGCGCUCGAUGGACGCCUCCCAGAGGGGUCGACUCAUAUUCAAGUUGGCGGAUCUGAUUGAGCGCGACAUCGACUACUUGGGCAGUCUUGAGACUCUGGACAACGGAAAGCCUUUCAACGACGCGAUUUGGGAUAUGAAUGCCGCCAUCUCAUCGCUCCGGUAUUACGCGGGUUGGGCCGACAAAAUACACGGCAAAGUGAUCCCAGCGGACGGACCCCUAUUCGCGUUCACGAGGGCCGAGCCGAUGGGCGUUUGCGGACAAAUCAUUCCCUGGAAUUUCCCGCUAUUUAUGAUGUCGUGGAAGAUCGGGCCGGCAUUGGCCACCGGAAACACCUGUGUUGUCAAA